AACAACUUGCUUCAUAUCAACGCAAACACAGGUAUCGUCCCAAGCGUGAUGCUUGAAAAACAUUCCUCCUAGAGCAUCUCGCGCGUAAUUGAAUACACCAUGUCUGGAUGAGUAAUGGUGUCAUAAACAGCCGCCAGGGAGUCUGAACCGCGCAUCUAAGAUGCCUCGCAGAAUCACCCAAGCUGAGCUUGGUAACAGUCCCACUCUCUUUUAUGACAUUCAAUCCCGCUAACGCGCCUGAACAGGAAUUCUGCUCCGCCAUUUGAGACGACAAGGUCUCGCUCGCCAGCGAGCAUGGCAAACUCAGGAAUCACAGCAUUUGGGUGUCAGCUCCAGGCAGAAGCCCCGCAAAUCUUGGCAAAAGGCCGAUGAGAAGCAUGACAGUAUGCCUCGAAAGUUUCUUGAGACCUCUAUCACGACCCUUGGGUCUCUCUUGAUCCUCGCCCUGGGCGGGUACACGUAUCACAUCUACUACAAGAGUCUCGUACUGCACAAGAUCAACAACGCGUUCUCCAGCGGGUUCUCCACGCUGGAGUUAGCCGCCCUAGCUCAACAUGGAGUUCCACCAGAGCCAGGCGAAGAGCCGGUGCAGGAUGAUGAACUGCGAUUCAAAGUGCUGCGACCGGAACAGUCGACAAUAGAUUCCAUCGUGUCCGGCAAAAUCAGAGGAAAUUACUACCUACUCUUCGGGGAAAAGGGUACCGGAAAGACGACUAUGCUGCUUGACGCCAUGAGAAAGGUCCAAGGGAGUGGAGUGGCUAUGCUAGAGGCGCAUAGUGACCUAGAAGUCUUCCGACUGCGACUGGGUAAAGCAUUGGACUAUGAAUACCACGAAGACUAUGUCGGAGGGCUGUUUAACAUCCGAGGACCUCGUGAGGCCACGCCUCUGCUGGACAUCGAGCGCGCCUUGAACAAGCUGGAAAAGGUGGCGCUGAAGCGCAAGUCGAAAUUAAACAAGCCGCUCACGCUCAUCGUAAACAAUAUCCAUUUUCUCCCCGACAGCGCGGAGGGACAACAUCUCCUUACUCUGCUGCAGCAGCGCGCCGAGCUAUGGGCAGCAAGCGAGCUUGUCACCCUCGUUUUCACGAGCGACGAGUACCGUACGACAGAAACACUGCGACCACACGCUACUCGCAUGCAAGUACUGAACGUGCGAGACGUACCAAAGGAGGUUGCCAUCCCGGCUAUGCAGGCGUACCGAAAAGAGAAGUUCAACGAGACGAUGUCGGUGGACAUCCUGUCGCAAGCCUAUGACCGAGUGGGCGGGCGAUUGAUCUUCCUGGAGCAAGUCGCCAGAUCAAGAGAUCUAUUCCGGAUGUGUGAAUCGAUCUGCGAGAAGGAGAAGCGAUGGCUCCUGUCUCAGUGCUGGAUCCUAGGCGCGGAGAUGGACGACAAGGCCGAGGAACAACAGGACUACUGUCACGCCGCUAUGAUCCUCGCCAAAGCCCUCGUUGAAUUAGAAAACAAACAGGAGAAGCCCAAAGGCGGAGCCGAAAUCCCAGGAAUGCCCAUCCACAAAGUGCAAGAGCUAAUGACCCGAGCCGACUUCCUCCACAAACUGGAUCAGAUGAAUAUCUUUGCCAUCGAUGCCAAUGGAGUAGUCAAGGCUGAUUCGGUUCCGAUGCAAAAUGCCUUCCGGGCGGUAGUCAGUGAUCCGGCGUUCGAAGAACAUUUAGAGGCGACGACCGAGCGGUUGGAUGAGCUGGAAGGGCUUGGACGAACCACGGAACUGACGAUGAAGGAUUUGGUAAACGGUCAGUAUGCUGUUACGGCGAAGGGGAUCGGAGGGAAAGAUGACACAACUUUUGUGGUCAAGAGGAUGUAGAUGAGUGU